UAGUAUUGGCCAGCACGGACGGUCUCACAAUGUAUAAGUUAAGAUCUUUAGGAUAAAAUCUCUUGAAGUCUACAUUUAAUAAACGACAUAAAGACUUUCUUCUAAAAGACUCUCUAGAUCUUUAAUGAACUUGUUAUUGUGUGUGUGUGCCUAAGGUUUGAGAAACAGCCUGUGUUUACAGAUCGCAGUGCAGAGAUCACAUUGUGUUCAGGGUAAGGAGGUAACAAUGGGAUGAAGGGAGAUGUCUGCCGCCACUGAAGACGAGAUCACUUUCCCAGAGUUCCCCUGUAACUUCAAUCUUGUCACCGGAAAUAAAGUUUCACAGCAACGUUUUUUGCAUGUUAAAAAUAACGUGACAAGUGAUUUAGAACUUUCCAGGAACUCGCAGGAAGAGCGAAUCAGGGAUUUGAAUCUUUUGACUUGGGUUUUAUUUAAUUUAAAUGAAAAGUCAGAAGCUUUAGAGAAAAAUGCAACGGUUCUAGAGCUUACAAACAGAAGAAAUGUAACAGCUCUUGGCAAUUUGGUCUUUCUAUCACAGAGUCGAGGUUACAAGAUCGAGUCGGACAAAUAUUUAGAGAAGUUAAAGGAGCUGCAAAACCAACCAGAGUUUGAUCGUUUGAAAACUGAAGCUAUAGCGGAACAAGCUUACAGCUAUAGUAGACUUGGUGGCGCUGACAACUAUAAGCUUUGUCGAAGAUACUUUCAACAAUGCACUUUAAAAUGUCCGAAUAAUUAUCUCUGGAAGUAUGGGCUUGCUUUGGCAUGUAAACGGCUUUUAAAUUACAAUAUACAGUUUACUAGUAAGCAGCCUAUCGACACUGAAGAACUAAAGCUAGAGUGCAUUCAGUUGUUUUUUGAAGUAGGCGAGCGUGCAGAUAGUAAUUUAAGAGGACUUGCUUACGCUCAAUUGGUCAAUUUAAGACAAGUGUACUCUUACCCUAAAAACAAUGCGUCUAGAAUGUUUAAAGCUCAAAAUAUCCACGAGUUGUUGGAAUUGGCGCGUCGUUUUGGCGGAGACAACCCUGCUGUGUUGACUCAGUGUGGGAAAAGUUUCAAAAGCAUUGACGUCGAUAAGGCCAUCGAUAUUUUACGACAAUCUUUGAUGUUGCAAGAAAAUAGCACAGCUUACCAUCAUCUAGGAUUAUGUCUUAGCCGAAAAGCAAGCUUGAUAGCUGGAGGUAAAUAUCAUUCUAGAAAUACCAGAUUUGGAGCUCACCCAUCUAGAUACAAGAGUCCUACUGGAUAUGACCCAUUUGUCAAAUUGCCAUUUUAUGUAACAAAUGCUUUUGGACAACUUGAUAAAGAUGAUCCACUAGUAGAGGAAGCGAUCAAGUUUUACCACAAAGCCAUUGAUAUCUCCCACGAAGAAAACGUUCCCGCUAAACUGAGUCUUGCUGAUCUAUAUUUCUCAAUAGAUCAGUUCGAGCACGCUCUGGCACAAUAUAAUCAAGUAAUAGAUCAACCAGAAGCAAAGUUUCUCCUGUGUUUAAUAUCAGCACAUGAAGGCGCCGGAAAAUGUCUACAAAGAUUGAGCAAUGCUGCUACUGAAUCUAAUCCAGAACGUCGAAGGAGAGAAGCCAGAGAACAAUUCACAAAGGGAUUUAGUUUGGCAGCAGAUUUAGCAUCAAAAUAUUCUCAAUCUGAAAUCAUGAUUUGGGAUUCUCUUAAACAAUUAAUAAAUGCUGAUGAACAAAGUACCUCCAAUGGCGCGAGGAACAAUCAGACGAUCAAGCUUUUGGAGCUGAUGAAAAACAAGGACGUAUCCGAAGUAUUAAACGAAAUGCUAAAGGAUGAUCUAGAAGUAAACAAUGUGAACGACUUUGAAGAAAGACUUGAGCAUUACAUAGCUGAACGAGAUUUUGAAGGUGCUCUCGCGUUUUUGAACCUGUCCAGACUACACAGUGCUCUCGUUAACGACGAUAGUUGGAGCAGUUCUAACCUUACUGAUUUAAAAUACAAGACCUACCUGGCAGCUGCCUGGAAUCGUGUGCUCAAGUACAGCCCAGAUGCCAGGCGAGUCUUUCAACAGAUGUUUGAGUUAACAUACGGACAGUGUGUAGGCAUGGUGAAAGAAGAAGAUGAUGACGAGGUCAUGGAGUCAAAGGUUAAACACGAUGUUCUCAUUGUCAGUGACACGACACAGGACUGCCAAGUGACGUUAAAUGUAGCAGAAAAUUUGUAUCUGGUUUUGAAAAUAGUAUUUGGUAUUGAUACAGUGAAGUAUAAAGUAGAGAGUUCUUGCUUUGAACAUGAUCAACUCUCGCAGGCAAUGGAAAACUUUAGCUUGACCCUGUGGGUCCUAGGAGACAAUGACUCAGGUGCCUACAAGAAGAUGUUGGAAGAAGUCAGAAUAUCUCUAGCCACAGAGAUCAUAUUCAUGAGUGUUAGAGAAAAGACUGCAAGUCCUCAAAUUUUAACAAGGAAGCAAGUCUUAGAUCUGAAGAAGUCACCCUGGAAACAAACAACUUUAUUUGAACACUGUUUGAGAGAUCAACUUGUGGAAUUGUCCAAUAAAUGCAUUGUGGAGAAACUGUUCCAUGGAAAUCCACAGACUCUAAUGAAACUGUUUUGCUUUCUUGUUGGGGAAAACUUUGACAAGAGAGAAGAUCUUUUCUCAAGUUAAGUUAUCACUUAGUAACAAAACCUUAAUACUGUUUAUAUUUAUUUGUAAUGACAUCAAUGGCUGUGAAUGCUAACAAAUAUUUAUUAUGAAAUAUACAUAAGUAUUUUGAGUUUAAUUAGAAAAUACUUUCAUAUUUGUUUUGUAUGCACAUUCUUAGUCAAAAGUGUUGCAAAAGGCUUCUAUAUAGAACAUACUUUUUUUUUUAUACCUGUAACAUUAUUAUGGACAAUACUAUUUCAUUUGUCAUAUUUCUAACAUUUAGUAUCAUUUACUUACAUUUAAAUAAUCAAGUAUAAAAAGAACAAUAUUUUAUUUCUUGUUCUUAACACAACAAAAAAAAACCUUAGAAGGUAAAUUUCUUUAUACUACUCAAAGUGAAGAGCAAUGAAACUUUAUAUGCAUAAUAAACAAAGUCAGGCUUGCAGAAGAAAUGAAAAAUUUUUAUUUUAGAAAAAUUAAUACACUAAACAAUGAUCAAAUGGACCUGAUUAUACAGAAAACAGGCAUUGGAAGUUAAUUACAGAAAAUAAAUUAUAAGAGUUAUAAGAAUUUUGUGAAAAUGCAUCAACAUAGUUAUGCCAUACUUAAAAAGAGUAUUUUAAAUAUUUUUAAAGGACCAUUUUGUAAAACAAAAACAAAUGAAGUUAUCACAAUGUAAGAUUUAAAAAAUUAAACAAAUUAAUACAUUCAUUCAAGUCACUAAACACAUCCAUUUUGCAUAUUUUUAAGACAACUAUUGCAGAAGAUUCAAAUUUUUCAUCUUUCUUGAAUAUGGAUUGAUUUCUUUGUCAAGUUCUUUAAUUAAUCUAAAUUAAUGAUUAAAAAGAAAUGGGCAUUAGGAAAUGUAUAAAAAAAAGAAAAUGAAGAUGAAUUUAUUAUUACUAUUACCUUAAUUACUAAUUUGAAAUUAUCCACCUCUCUAAUUUUCUCUCAAAUUCGUCCAUAAUAUUUUCUAGUGGGUCAUAUGUGUCCUCUUCACUCACUGUGAUAUCUGUGUAGAAGGAUUAUUAAAUAGUUUUUAUUUUAAAAGGAGUAAAAUAAUACUGCUACAUUUAUCAAGUAAUAAAAUAGUUUUCCCUCUAAGAAAUAAUGUGUUUUCAUAUUUAUAUCCAUUAAUUUGAUGAUAAGUUCAUUGGGAGCACAACUGAUUCGAACCUGGGACUCCUGCCAAGCUCUUGAUUGCACAGCCACCGCGCCUCCUACAAUUGUUGUAAAUGCAUUGAAUUUUAUCAUUUUGAAAAAGGUAAUUCCCAACUACCAAGUAGCAAUAUUAAUUGGUGUGAUGAAAGGUUAGGAGCACCUUUCGAAGCUCAAAUCAUUUUGUUGCAAUUUGAUACAAAAAUAAGUCUUGUUUAUAUCAUAAAGGAGUUAAAAUCAUAUCAAAAUAUGUAGCUUCAUACUGUAUAAUGUGAAUUUUUUUUUAAAGAAAGAUUUUGUUUGAAAGAAUUAUGAUAAGAUAAGAUAAUUUUUAUUGGUCCAUUCAGCGUAACUACUGUAACAACAACAAUAUAGAUGCAAAUAUGAACAACAUUCACACGAAACACAUACACAUACUCACAACCAAUGCUUUAUGUAUUAGACUACUAUGUACUUCUUGAUGACGACAGAUGACAUUGUAACACUGACCAAAAUUGGAAUGAAGCAGUUUUUAAAUCUUUCUGUUUUAGUCUUUGGUCUAAUCUGAUGUUACAGUGGGUGCAGGUUGUCUUUAAGAAUCGUGUUUUGGAAAGACAUCUUUCCUGAAAAUGCUCUUCAAGAGAUGGUAGCUGUAUUCGAGUGAUAUACGAUGCUUUUUUAUUUAGUCUAUGUCUUUGUGCCAGUGAAGUAUUACCAUACCAGCAGGUGAUGGCAAAGUUAAUUAGACUGCUGAUGGUUGCUGUAUAGAAAAUUCUUAUUUUUUUGUUUUGUCGAUUUUAAAUUUCCUCAGCUUUCUAAGAUAGAAGAGUCGUUGAUGAAUUUUGGUGUAAAGGUUUUGACAGUGUUCACUUCAUUUUGGUUUGUUGUUGAUGGUUGUACCUAGGUAUUUAUAUUCUUGCACUUGAUCUACAGUUAGGUUGUUUAUCUGAAUUUCUGCAAGAUGGCCUUUAUUAAAAGAUUCAAUUUAACAUUUUCUUUGUCUAUAUAUUUCUAAUUCUAAAACAUAAUUAAAAGGUUUUCCUUCCAUGUUAAAUGUCUAUCUUUAUAUUUAAGCCACUUUAUGUUGUGACCAGAAUUCCUAAUACCUAGAACUAAAAUAUUAGUUUCUUUUCUUUAUAUGUUAAUGAAAUAAAAUGAGCUAGAUUGUUUUAGGUAGAUAAUAUGCAAAUAAUUAUUACUGCCUGGUUAAUAGUGUGGGGUGUAAGAAUAUUCAACAAAAACACAUUCUCAUUUAAUUAGGGGAUAUGAGUUUUGACUGCUUGUGUAGGGUUCAACCAACUGCCAUAGGCUGGCCAGGGUAUUUUAGAGCAUGCGAUUUAAUGGGCACCUUUUCAAGUCCUGCCCUCAUGCUAAGGAGGUGAGCAGUGUACUCCUAAAUAGGACUGCUCAAGUAGCUACUGGACUACACAGCUGCUGUGUGUCAGUGGUAAACGACCGUAUGCCUGUGUGCAGGGUUACUGCUAUGGCUUCCAGUGUGCCUACACCUACCACUUCACUGCUUGACUGCUUGUUAAGUGGAUUGGCACAACAUGUCGACCUCACUCUCUCGUCCUAAAGACCAACUCCAGAAGAAAGAUUUGGUUGACAUGUAAGGUCCAUCCAUCCAUUGCAUUGGUGCUACAGCUUUCAGAGGGCCCUGACCUGCUUUAGCACAUCUCUACAUUCUGAUCUAUCCUGUGCUUUACGUCUCCAUGCACAGACUUUUAGCUGUUGUAGAUCUGCCUCAAGCCACCGUACUCUUGAUCUGUCUUUGGAGCACUUUCCUUUUGGUUUUUGCUGGUGAACAAUCUUUGCUCCUCUGUUCUCUGGCAUUCUUUCGAGGUGACCUGCCCAAAGUAAUCUGCUCCCUUUUAUGUUCUUCACUAUGGAGGGCUCUUCAUAUAGCUGGUAUAUUUCUUGGUUGGUGCCAUUCCUCCAUCCGGUUUCCUCAUGUAUGGCACCAUAAAUUUUUCUGAGGAUUUUUCGUUCCCUUGUGUUAAGUAGAUUUUCUGUGGUUUUGGUCAGCGUUCAGGUUUGCUUACAUAUGACAACAGGUCUGAUGAUGGUUUUGUAUGACAUUUUAGGUGCUCAGAUAAAUGUGUUUGUUUUACAUAUUUAGAUGUAAUUUGGGAUUAUAACAUCCUAGACCAAACCUCCAGUAUGGCAGCAAGCAAACCUGGGAUGAUAAAGAUGACAGUCCAAAUUGCAUAACACAUGACCAGGCUGUCAUCCCAUGAAAUAGAAAAUGUACAAAACAAGUAUGUGUAGAAAAGAGAAGAUCUGACUAUCUCAUUAAGUAUACUUGUAACCUAGCUGUACAGUUUUGUUUUGGAAUAUUCACAAACAUAGUACAAUAAUCUUUUUCAAUUUUCUAAAAAAGCUAAUUGAUAAAGCAAAUUCAUCUACCCAAUAAAUUAAAUUAUUAUAAUUUUUCUUACAACACACCUAUCCCAUAUGUUACAAAUGUUUAGCUAUUUUAAAAAAAAUUUCAUCUACUUUUAACAAAAACAUUGUAACACAAUGCAUGCUCAAUAUAACUUUUUUAAAAAUCUACUACUAUAUGUUGUUGUAUACACACAAAAUGACUCAUGCCUGUGAAGCUUUAACAUUCACUUAACUAACAUGAAGAUCUUACCAUCUUGAAUGAUAUCCUUUAACCUGUCAGUAGGAUCUCUUGUUCUCCCAAACAAGUUCAAAAACGAGUCCCACAAAACAAUGAAAAUUUUGGUUGAUUCCUUACUCUGGCGAGUCUUUUCGUUGGUCACAAGUAGAUCCAUGAGAAUGGCAAUGAAGUAGUUGGUCAAAAAAACAACCACAAUAAAUACGAAGAAACAGAAGUAUACAAUUGUCAUCCACUCAUCUGACAAAGGCACAUUAGUAUCCUAAGAGAGGAAAAAAGUACAAUUAGUCAACUCUGAUUUUACUAAACAGUCUUACUGUAUUUGGUACAGAAAAUACAUUAACCAUAUCCUGCAUGUGUUUUAGUGAUAAAAACAUAAGGAGAAGCGUUAACAUUUAUAUAAAUAGAGAGGUUAGUGUAGACAGUUACAGUUAGCUCAAGUAAAGGAUACUAAAAAUUAAAAAACUUCUCAUAAACAUUUUUUUUCUUAGCUAUUCUAUGAAGUAGUCAUUAAUAAUAAAAAAAAAGUAGCAGACUUAUUAAACAUAUAAAUAAAGUCUGUCUGUUUGAGAUAUUAAUAUAAAUCUAUCUAUAAUAAAAUUAUAGAAAGCCUAUAAAGUUAAAAAGGUGGCCUUCACAAUAUCUCUAUGUUAUGUGUUAUGCCCUAUUGUAAUUUUCACAAGAGAUAUAUGUAUUUUCUUUACAGAAAUUUUGGCCCAUUAAAGGAAAUUUGCUAGAGUAGGGGGAAUAAAAUAUUUACUCUAAAGCUUGAGCGCCCAAGUAGGCCCGUAAAAAGUGACUCUGCGGUGGUCCAAAUGUCUUUGAAAUAAUAACUUGUCUUUCCAAAUAGAGCACAUCCUGUGCCAAUAAAGCCAAUCAAUAUUAAGACAUUGAAGAGAAAGAAACUAGGAAACACUUUGACUGCCUUCGACAAGACACUAAACACCUGUAGACAAAAACAACUUCAUUAACAGAUUGAAAAAAUACAUUUAUUAUACAUUUAAAGCUAGUUGCUAAACAUUCCCUAGUUGAAUUUAUAUCUUACUUUCAUGGUCUUAUCAGAGUAGCUAGCCAGUUUCAACAGCCUUGUGUAACCAAUGGCAACAAGAAAUGCAAGACAUAAAUUAUAAGUUGAGUCCCAGACAACAAUUUGGUAAAAAUUGAUAUAAUACUUGCGACUUUCUGACAAUUUUUUCAGUGCAGAUUUUGUAUAACUGAGUCUUAGCCUAUUUUGAAAAUAGAUAGAUAUAUAUAAAAUUUUAAAUUAUUAACAAUUUUAAAAUAUAUAUUGCAAUAUCAUUAAAUCAUCUUGAUAUAGCAGUUUUUAAAUUACUUCAACUAAUUUGUUUAAUUAAAAUAAUUAUAUUGUUUUUUAUAUUCUCUUGUAAUUAUUAUAGUUCUACUUAUCUUUGUAAUUGGAGUAUUGUUAAUAUUUAUAUUAAUCCUUGUGUAUCCUUCUAUGUAAACUAUACAUUUUAUGAAAAUAGGUCAACAUUAUUAAUAAAACAAAUACAGUAGCCUAA